AUGGAGGAACGAGGCGCGGCCGGCAUGGCCUACGUGGGAGGACUGGGCAACGUGGCCAAGGUGCUGCUCUUGCUGCUCAACAUGGCGUUCAUGGUGGCCGGCUGCCUGCUGGUGUACUUCAGCCACCGCGUCAAGAGCUCCGGCUGGCUGGACGUCUUCCAGGGCGACUACGAGUGGAUCGGCACGUCCACGCUCAUCUUCACGCUCGUGGUGGGCGCCGUGGUCAUCGCGCUCUCAGCGCUCGGCUGUUUCGGCGCGCUGCUGCAGCAGAAGCUGCUGCUGACCGUCUACGCCAUCGUGCUGGUGCUCACCGCCGCGCUGUUCGUGGUGGUGGCCAUCGGCGCACACAUGGCCAACUCCAAGGCCGAAGACUGGAGCAGCCAGGACUACCCGGCGACGGACAAGGAGGCGUCGCUGGGCACCAACUUCAACGAGCUCUACUGCUACGCGCAGGUGCCCUACUACUGCCAGGACGCGACGGUGAACACGGUGCUGGAGAUGUUCAACGUUUCGCUCGCGGGCUACUUCUCGGACUCGACGACCAACUUCACCAACGUCUGCUCGACGGUCACGCUCGCUGCCAUCAGCGACAUCUGCGCCGUGUGCGACCUCGUUGCCGAGUACGACGAGUACUCGGUCGUGCUGGACUGGACAGAGGCGUCUUGCCCGCGCACGAGCGCCAACCAGAUCUGGUGCGGCGGCUUCCUGCUGAAUGCCACGGCCGCUGACGAUAUGUCCACCAGCGCGCCGUUCAUGGAGUGCCGCAGCGUGUUUUACGAGCUUCAUCAUCUGCGUCAUCGCCGCUGGUAUCGUGCUCGCCAUGACUGGCGUGCUCUGGAAGAAUGUGCGCGCUGCUCGACUGGAGAAGCCGCUGCCCCCUGCGCCCGCCCCGAUGUACCAGUACGGAGGUCAGCAGAAUGCAGGUUAUUCGCAGAACAGCGAGGCAGCGACCAACAGCAACCACUACAGCAUGAACUCGAACGCACCUUACAACCCCAACGCCGCCAAUCGUAGAUACGACAGCCCGUACUAGGAGCACAACGAGUCUGUGCAUGAAAAUAUCUAAGCUGUUUUUUU